AAAGAGUAAAUUAUUGAGCGGGAGCAAAGGUAACCCAUCGGGGCUUUUAGUGUUAGGAGGAAAAGUUACAGUAGUAAAACCCUUGAGUAGCUUCCAGUAGUGAUCAAAGAAGAAGAAAACGACGAUCAACAAAGCAGUGGUUUGCUAAAUCAUUAGAGUCUUCAUCAGUUAAUUGCUUUAAAAAUGGACAACGAGCAAGAAACCAAGGUUCUCUUGAAGCUUUGGGUGGAUGAAAAGAAAAAUCAGGUAGUUGCAGCUGAAUCCGGAGUAGAUUUCAUGGACAUACUUGUUAGCCUUCUCACUUUACCACUGGGAACGAUAAUGCGACUCACUAAAGCAGAAGCCGGAGCUGUUGGUUGUAUGAACAACUUGUACCACAGUGUUGAAAACCUUGACGAGGAAAAUCUGUUCGCAGAGUAUUGCAAAACCAUGCUGCUAAAUCCAAGAAAUCCCUAUCCAAAGUAUUGCAUGAAGUUGAAAGUUAAUGUGGAUGAUUCAGACUCCGAGAAGUAUUAUCAGUGCUCAGAUUGCUCAUUUAUGAGCUAUUUCAUGAAUGUGAAGUGCCAAUGUGGAGGGAAGACUAACAAAGAGAAGUUUUUGAAAGAUUCAGUUGAAAAUACUUGUCGUGAUAAGUACAUAUUUCUCAAAGGAGGGAUAUCAUUUCUAAUCACUGACGAUUUGCAAUUCAAGUGUGCUUCUCCAAGCUCUCUUGUUCAGAUGCUUUCUAAUGGUGGCUUGAGUGAUAUGACUCAUAUCAGGGAGAUGCUUGUAGAAGCUGGCAAGAAUGAGGUAAUUCAUCUACUUGCACGUUCAUUGAUCUCAAAGACUCCCUUGUCUGAUGCAUUUCUGCCUAAGCAAAAACAAAAAAGAGCAAGACUAGACACCAUCACAAUGCCUGAGUCUGGAAAUUUGUCAUCCAUUUCUGAAAAUGGAACAAGUAAUAACACCAAGAAAUUGGAGCUGAGGCUAACACUAAGAAAGUCUACAAACAAGGUCUUGUGCGCAGAGGCAGGCAAUGAAUUCAUUGAUUUUCUCUUCAACUUCUUGACCAUUCCCUUAGGAUCAAUUGAAGAUGCUCUAAAAGGGAGUUGUGGGUUGGGUUCCAUAGAUAACUUGUACAAAAGUGUGGAGGCUUUAGAUUCGAAAUGGUUCAAUACGCAUGCGAAUAGGAAUGUUUGGGGAAGUGUGGAGAAUCACAAUCUUAAGAGGAUAUUACUCAAGCCUGGUAUUGCCCCUUACCAUAAUCCUGAGAAUCCGCUACUGCAAAUCGGAACUGCAGAUACUUACUUAUUUGACCCAACGGACCCUGUAAGGAGCAGUUUUCUUGGCAAGUUCGGAAAGUUUGCUGAGGCACCCUCCCUUUUCUAUGUUAUAGACAAUUUGGAAGUGAGACCUCUGUCUUCAACAUCAACUAUGUGCUUACUCCAAGAACUAAAUGUGCCUAUGUAUGAUAUUGAAGAGCAAGUGAUCAGUGUUGGCAAGUCAGAAGCAUUGAGUUUGCUGAAGGCCUCUUUAACAUCAUCAUCAUCAUCAGCUUUGACGAAGGGCCUAAACCACUUGUUGAAGAAGCAGAUAGAUGAAGAUGUGAAGUGCAACCUGAAAGUUUCUCAGGCUGGUUAGCAAACACAUGUACUACUUUUGCAGUACUUUCACUGUAUUUGCACUCACUUGUCUAUAUCUUCUUGUGUUUAACCUCAAAACUUGGUCCCCUGUACACCAAAAUCUUAAUGCAGAGUUGAGUGUUUGCCAAUGAAUCAGUAUGGGCAGACAUCUAGGAACUACAUUUUCGAAGGAAAAUAACAUGAACUUUCACUCUUUUGACUCAAA